GGAACGUGUCUAACUGUCAUUCAAAUAAGGAAGGUACGAGCAUUUAACUGGAGUAGCACAUAAAAAAAUGUGCAAACUCUACGUUUAUGUGGUGACUCUGUUUCUAACCUAUGUUAGCUGCAGAACAACCAACAGCUUGUACGAGCAAGACUCGUCGUUUGCCUUCCCUAAAACGUUUGCAGAAUGUACUGAUAUGAUAGUCAAUCCAAGCACUCCUAAGUAUGUAGUACAAGCCGUACAGAGCAGGUGCUUAGAUGGAUUCAUUUCAGUUGACCAUACGCAUAGAUGGGCAAGGAACAUGACAAGCGACGAACAGAACUAUAUCAAAUCCGUGUUCAGGAAAGUCAUACACGAUGCUGCUCGGUUAAAUAAGCACAGACACAAGAGGGACGUUGGAUUAUUUCCUAGGAGAUUGAGACGUGAAGUAAGAGCUGCACCAUACCAACACUGGCAAAAUUAUGCGAGGAAUGUUAGACGGCUUAAGUAUGAAACGAUAACCCAUAAUGGAAGAAGUAAAUAUGAUGUCCUUGCAGACAUUCAUUCAAUAGCGGUAAUGAACGCCCAUGAUGGACCAAACUUUCUACCGUGGCACAGAUUAUACUUGAUAUUAAUGGAAUCUGCACUUGGCACACCAAUUCCUUAUUGGGAUUCUACCAUUGAUUUUGAAAUGGAGGAUCCUGUACAAUCCAUUCUGUGGACCGCCAGAUAUUUUGGGAAUGGUUAUGGUAUGGUGAGGACAGGUCCAUUUGCUAAUUUUGACACACCUCUUGGAAGACUGUUUCGAAACAUUGGAAGUGAUGGUGCGUUGUUUAACAAACCUGGAGUCAACAUGCUUUUAUCAAAAUUUAGACUUCAACAAAUUUCUGAACCAAUGGCAGAUAUGCAAGCUUCAGUUGAGGGACAACAUAACAGUGUACAUAUCUGGGUCGAUGGUGUUAUGAACAACUUGGAGUCUAGUCCCCAUGACCCAGUAUUUUUCUGUCAUCAUGCCUUUGUAGACUUUAUAUGGGAAUUGUUUAGAAAACAACAAAUCACUCGCGGUAUCGAUCCAGCUACUGAUACUUUUGAACAACCAGCAAAUGUAACGUUUCAAGAGAUAACCGAGGUAGCGGUCGGCCUUAGAGGAUAUUAUAACAAUGAUGGUUAUUCAGAUAAGAUAGCAAACAUGGUGAAGUACGAUCCUCAACCACAGUGUCCAAUAUGUGCAGGUAGUCAAGAUAUGUAUUGUGAUGAAAGAAAAAGGGUAUGUGUAAGCAGAAGAAGAGAUCCAAGGGAGUUUGCUGGACAACCGGAAGAAGCUAUGGAUAUGGCAAUGAACAAUGGAAUGAUGAACAACGAAAUGAUGAAUAAUGAAAUGAUGAACAACGAAAUGAUGAAUAAUGGAAUGAUGAACAACAAAAUGAGAAACAACAACCAGAAUACCAAACCAUUUCCGUUCUACAACAGAGACAUGCGUGUUCGUAUGGAUUCCGUUACCUUGAAUUAUAAUAACAUGAUGUUGACAGGAAGUAUGGACGAGAGAUCUAAAAUGAUGACAAUGAUGGGAAAUAUGAACAGCCGAAUGAAUCGGCCACAUAUGAUGACAAAUGGGAACGUACAGUCAGAUUCCUCUGGUACAAUGAACAUGCCAGCAAUGAUGAAUGUUGAUACAAGUUUGAGAAUGGAUCUUCCACAAAUGAUGAGAAAUGGGGACCGACUAUAUGACGCUGACAGAAUGAAUGGGCCAUCAAUAAUGCAUGUUGAUACAAAUGUCAUGUCUACCUCUUUCAUACCAAUGAAUUUAAACAAUCAACAUGGAAUCAAUUCAAACAUUAGGAUGAACCAACUGGGUAACCGUUUUAUAUCACCAAAUCAUAAUUACAGAAUGCAAAUGGGUCCCGGAGCAGUAAUAGAUCUAGGUCCUGGAUUAACAGUCGUAGGUUCUGGUGCCAACAUAAACUUCCCGCAGCCAAAUGGAUUUAGAGGUCACUUUCCAGGAAUGAAGAUUCCGACAUAUUGAAAAAAAGCAACCGUAAAUAUGAAAACGACGUAAAAAUAUCGAAAAAUAAAAGAAAACUUCAGAAAUGCAUAGCAGCUUCUUGUGUGUUGACUCUUACGUUUUGAACCUGAGAACUUUGUUGAAGGUUGUAUAGUGAACUUUGUUUGUUAACUAUGUCUUUUGGUUUCAUGGAGCCAGGGAGAGUAGUCUCAUUGGUAAUCAUUCAUCUUCUUAUUCUUAAAAUUAUUAAGUUAUUUUUAAAUGCCCUAAGAUGACGCCAAGAUUAAAAUGAAUUAUGACACAUUAUCUAUGAAUAAUAAAUCAGAACUAACACUCCGUCUGAGGCAAAGCUAUAAUAUGUCUCUUCAGGUAAAAUACAUAUAUAGUAUGACAAACUUUCGUUCUACGAUUCAAAAUGAUCCAAACUUUGUUUUUAAUGCUCUGUUGUGUAAACGUUCAUUGUUGCUUGUAUUGCAAUAUGUUAAUAUAACAUAAUUAAAUGAAAAAAAGCCACGUUUUAUGAAUCAAAUGUAUUUUCAACUGAUAUUGUCAAUAAAAAAAUCAUAAAUGUAUGAUAUUCCUCUUUCAUUUGACAUUCACGCUGUACUCUUAUAAAUGUUAGUCCGUCAACGAUUUUCCCUUCAUUUCUUA